AUGCUCGGCCUCAUUUCCAAAUACACUCUAGUCAGCAUUGUCUACCUUGGUGCCUUCAGCCGCUUCACCCAUGGCCGCUACACACCUGCCUUUUACCGGUAUCAACUCGACCGCGCUCCCGACAAUGGCUCUACACGCAUAAUCCCAGUUUUUGACUCAAUAUUCGCGACUCUGGUACUCUUCCCGAAAACGAGGGCCUGGACGGCAAUGGUAUGUAGCUUGAUUCAGGGUGGCGCGAUUGUGCCAAGGCUGAUGGAGGGAAAAUCCGUUUGGGGGGAUGUGGGGUUGUUCACGGUUACGGUUCUGGUUGCGUGGACUUCAUGGUAUGGUGUGCCUUGA